AUGGCCGAGGAGAAGGUCAUAAGAGACCCAGUGGUCGAGAAACCGGAAGAUACUCAGAAUGAGUUCGAGACAUCUAGCCAAGUCCUUCCAGGCGAAAAAACAGGCUCCAUAUCGGCAUUGGAUGACGAUGCCCAUACCAAUGCGUUGACUCGAAAGCUUCUUUGGAAGCUGGAUACAAGAAUCCUCCCUGUCCUCGCCUUACUCUUCCUCUGUUCUUUCCUCGACCGUACCAACGUCGGGAAUGCAAAGAUUCUUGGCCUCGAAAAGGACGCAGGUCUUAACAACAGUCAAUAUGCAAAUGGCCUUGCCAUCUUCUUCGCCUUUUAUAUCGCCGCUGAAUUGCCCAGUAAUCUGGUUCUGAAGAAAUUCAGUCCGAGACUUUGGCUAGCGUUUCUCACCGCUGCAUGGGGUAUUAUCGGAAUGUGCUUGGGUUUCAUCCAAAACUAUGGUGGAUUCUUGGCUGUCCGAGCAUUUCUAGGCCUUGCAGAAGGAGGAUUAUUGCCAGGCAUGGUGCUUUACCUCUCAGGAAUGUAUACUAGGGGCGAGCUGGCCCUCCGCAUAGGAUUGUUCUACACCAGCGCAUCUCUUGCAGGAGCCUUUGGAGGUCUUUUAGCACGUGGUCUUUCAGCCAUUGGGCCCACUGGCAGUGUCGUGGAUGCUGGCUGGCGAUGGAUCAUGAUUAUCGAAGGUCUUCUGACGUUUGCUGCCGGAGUGGCUGCAUAUUUCCUACUCCCAAACAGCGUCUCAACAGCCUGGUUCCUCCAGUCUGAGGAGCGAGAGCUCGGUAAGAGGAGACUACGGAAUGACACCUCCGCGCACUUGCCCGAUGGUCAGCAUUCUGAAGGGGUUGAAAAGUUCCGAUGGUCAGAGGUCCAACGAGGAAUCCUGAAUGUUCAACUAUGGCUGACCGCGACGGCCUAUUUCUCAAUUCUUUCUGGCCUGUACUCUUUCGGUCUAUUCCUCCCAACCAUCAUCAAGGGCCUGGGAUACACUGCCAACGAAGCUCAGCUGUGGUCUGUCAUCCCUUAUGCUGUUGCAGCUGUCGUCACUGUGAUCGUGGCCGUCGCCUCGGAUCGACUGAAGCUUCGAGGAGUUGCGAUGCUCUUCGUGUUGCCUCUGGCUAUCAUUGGAUAUGCAGCAAUAGCCAAUGUCGACGAGCAUGACAACCAUACAAAAUACGGUAUGACAUUUUUGAUGGCCACAGGGUUAUAUGCCAGUGUCCCACCUGUCCUGGUGUGGAAUUCGAACAACUCUGCUGGACACUACAAACGCGCCACAACAAGCGGUCUUCAGCUGGCCAUAGCCAACGCGGGUGGAUUCGUCAGUGCUUUCAUUUAUCCAUCCACCCAAGCUCCCCAAUACCACAAGUCGCACACCAUCAUUUUGGGAUUGCUGGUCUAUGCAUGGUUUGCGAUAUUGUGCAACGUCCUAUAUUGCGCCAAGAUCAAUCGCGACAAGGCCAACGGCAAGUACGACAAGUAUAUUGGGUACGGCGACGACCGGGAUCCGGAGUUCAAGAUGGUAUUGUAA